GUCUGAGACCAAGAGCGGUUUGUGUGGUUGGUCGAUGCCGUCGACGGUGGUUCCCCUAGGGGUUAUAGGUUAGACAAAAUUCAAUAUUUGCUAUUAAUAUUAAUAAUAUUAAAUUUCAUCGAUUAGAAUUGUUAUUCAGUUACCGACACUUUUUUUUCCUUCUAUCAUUAAAAAAAUUGAGUCCCAUAUUUUUAAUAAUAGUUGAUACAAAUAAUUAUAAUAUUUAGAAUUGUCCUUUCUUCAAAAUAAGGUUAGUUUUGUAACAAUUCUAAUAUUAAAAUUGAAUCGAAUGGUAUAAAAAUAUGCUAGCGCGCUUUAUUUUGUCUUUCUCUUUCAUUAAAAAAAUAAAUUGAAUCGAUAUCUUCAAUAAUAACUGAGAUAACAGGGGGAGCUCACCGGCUAGAGCUUAGCCAGAAUAUUGUUCAGUAUAAACUGCACAUUAGUCAAUACUAAAGUAGGUAAUUCUUUUGUGGGUAAAUUUUCAGCUAAACAUGAGUGAACAACUCCAUUCUCAACUUUUCAAACUUGCACUCGAAAUAAAUAAAGAAACUUUAGAUAUCAAAUGUAUUACAGAAAUUCUAAGGUAUUUUCGUAAUUUAUGUGCCACAGAUAAAAAUUCUCAAGUAACUGUCGGCGAGGAUGAAUAUUGUAUUGAUCUUAUAUGUACACUAUUUGAUAAACUUUUAGAACAACCCAAGAUAGAAGAAAAUAUUGUUUGCCUAAGAGUUGGCUGUCAGUUUAUUGGAAAUUUGAUUGUAGAUAAUAGUGCCAAUAAAUUGAAGAUACAUAAUAAGUGUUUUACGCACAUAAGGAAAUUAAUGCUAUUGGGCGAUGAAAAACUAUCACAAUUUUGUGCAAUGAUUCUCUACAAUAUAAUCCUCUCUCAAGGUGAAGCUUGUCAGGAUAUCUUGAAGAAGACCGAUUUAGUGAGAGCUAUUUUGAAUCAAAACUCUGAAUUUUCGACAUUUAUAACCGAAACCCUCCUGUUCAAACAUGGCGAAAUCGAGGCUCUCUACUCAAACUGCGACCUUGAAGCGAGAAUAAUGCUACUAACGAUGAUCAGAGACCAGGCAAUGGAUGACAAAAAUGUGCCUGACACUUGUAUCACCUUUAUAGCGGACAGAUUUAAGAAACAAUCCGACAAAAUACUGAAAAUAGUGUCGACUUAUGUGGAGUCACUGGACCCGCAAGAGAUAUGCGCUCUGCUUUUCACGUUGGCUUCGUUGUCUGGCAGCGAUACGGGACCUUAUCUAAAAACACUGCAGACUGAUAAUUCGCUGUUCAUCAAUUGUGCUUUUCUGUUGAGGAGCAUCCAUGAGGCUGGAAAAUCGGGAAAUAACUGUUUUACCAGUGUGAGAAAAUUGCCAGAUGAAAAUUCUAAAUCAAAGGAAAAUCCUGUGUAUGGCUUCAAAGCUGACCUCAUCAGGUUAAUAGGCAAUCUGUGCUACGGCCACGACAAAAAUAAGAAUCAGGUUCGGGAGUUGGAUAGCAUACCAAUUCUGCUUGAUUGCUGCAAUAUUGAUGACUCCAAUCCUUUUAUUCUGCAGUGGAGCAUACUGGCAUUGAAGAAUAUCAGCGAGAGAUGUCAUGAGAAUCAAGCAAUUAUUGCAGGUCUAGCGAAGAAAGACGUUGCAUUUUCUCCGAUCCUCGAGGAGUUGGGCUACACGUUGCAUUCUGAAGAUGGCAAAGGCAUUCGAAUAGCUCCGUUGAAGCGAUAGAGGACUGAAAAAACUGGUUUUGUUCAAUUUUUACUUGAGUGUAAAAUGAAGAGAUUACUAUUAUUUAA